UAGGCAGCUCACGUUUGGGUUUCCCUUUGUCGUUCGUAAUAAUAUAAUCCCCCUUAUCUGCAUUGUAAAGCGAGAAACACAAUUUAAGUAAAUCUUUGCAUCAGUAAUUGUGUUGUCAUGGACAGACUGGGGAUUUUUGGAGCAUGAAUGUGACUGAUUCUAUAAUCUGUUGCUGGAAGGAAAUCAGGUGUUUUCACACAGAUUCCUGUUUUAUUGUCAUUGUUUUUAAAUGACAUGCAGCUGUUGUGUUGUCAUAAUUAUCUUGGUGGGUUAGUUUUGUUUUCCCAGCAGUAUGGUGCCCUUGAAGGACAGAUUUCAUUUGAUCCAAAUAUCAGCAGAAGGUUAAUUGUGGGAAAUAAUAAACUAUGCUGUCUGGAAUGUGGUUUGUUUGGAGUGUUUGUGUUGGUAUAUGUGUCCCAGUGGAGGCUGCUGAGGAGAAGAGGGCUCAUAAUAAUGACUGGAUUGGUGUGAAUGGAAUGGUAUCAAACAUUCCAACCAUUAAUACGAGAUGUCCUCCCCCAGCAGACUCCGAUGCUGUAUGUGUGUGUGCUCAUGCGUGCGUGCGUGCCACCAUCUAAGAGCGAGAGAUCUGGCACCAGGAAGUGUUGUAAGUGCUACUAUGUAUAUGAGUGUGUUCUAGAUAGCUCCAGAUAUAUUAGUCUGAACUCUCUCUUUCUAUUCCAGGACUGGCCUCCAUUAUGAAGAGACUCUUGACUAAAUAUGAUAACCUGUUUCAGAUCUCCUUCCCCUACUCCAUGGGCUGGCACGGCGCCCCUACCGGUCCCUAUCUUAAAGAGGACCAGUUCCACUGGCAGCUCCAUGCUCACUAUUACCCCCCCCUGCUCCGGUCUGCCGGUGUACGUAAGUUCAUGGUGGGAUAUGAAAUGCUGGCGCAGGAGCAGAGAGACCUUACACCUGAACAGGCUGCUGAACGACUGAGGAACCUUCCAGAAGAACACUACAAGACCAUUGAGACGGCAGGAAAGAUUGGUGGAGAGACACCUCUGGCCCUACCACAACUCUGACCCUACCACACCUCUGACCCUACCACACCCCUGACCCUACCACACCUCUGAUCCUGACCCUACCACACCUCUGACCCUACCACACCUCUGAUCCUACCACACCUCUGAUCCUGACCCUACCACACACCUGACCCUACCACACCUCUGAUCCUGACCCUACCACACACCUGACCCUACCACACCUCUGACCCUACAACACCUCUGACCCUACCACACCUCUGAUCCUGACUCUACCACACCUCUGACCCUACCACACCUCUGACCCUACCAACACUAUGACCCUACCACACCUCUGACCCUACCCCACCUCUGAUCCUGACCCUACCACACCUCUGAUCCUGACCCUACCACACCCCUGACCCUACCACACCCCUGACCCUACCACACCUCUGACCCUACCACACCUCUGAUCCUGACCCUACCACACCCCUGACCCUACCACACCUCUGACCCUACCACACCUCUGAUCCUGACCCUACCACACCCCUGACCCUACCCUACCACACCCCUGACCCUACCACUACUCUGACCCUACCACACCUCUGACCCUGACCCUACCACACCUCUGACCCUACCACACCUCUGACCCUGACCCUACCACACCUCUGACCCUACCCCACCUCUGACCCUACCACACCUCUGAUCCUGACCCUACCACACCUCUGACCCUACCACACCUCUGAUCCUGACCCUACCACACCUCUGAUCCUGACCCUACCACACCUCUGAUCCUGACCCUACCACACCUCUGACUUUAACUCUGUCACAGGAUCAUCAACUAGACUCAGCAGCCAGUUGGUGAACCCUGGUCACAUUGACAUUAGAUAUUAAAGUAUGAAUAACAGGAAGUGCCUAUCAAAACUAUCAACAGUUUGAUACAAAUAAUACUAGAUCUCUUUUUGGGAAGAGAAAUAUAUAACAUUGCUGAUGGUGCCUUCAGAAAGUUUUCACACCCCUUUUUCCACAUUUAGCUUCAGCCUGAAGUUAAAAUGUAUUAGAUUAAGAUGUUAUGUCACUGGCCUACACACAAUAUACCCCAUAAUGUUAAAUUGGAAUAAUGUUUGUAAAUUGAUAAAAAUAAAAAGUUAAAAUGUC